AUGGCUGAAAACGACCCGGAGUUCUUCAUGUAUGGCGUCCCGGAGGGAUUCCUUCAGUUCCGCGAGAGUCUCGCGGGCUACCUGAGUUCGGAGUACGGCUUUCCCGUGGACCCUGACCAUCUCAUGGCGGUCAACGGAUCUGCUGGGGGACUGGAUCUCGUCUGCAAAGUCUACACUCAAGCGGGGGACGUCGUCUUCACGGAGAACCCCACGUACUUUCUCGCCUAUCCGACCUUUCGGGACUUUGGGCUCAAGCCUGUCGAGAUCCCGAUGGACAAAGACGGCGUCAACAUCGAGGCCUUCGAGGAAAUGCUUCUCAAGCACAAGCCCAAGUUCUUCUACACCAUCCCCGUGGCGCACAACCCCACAGGGCGUACGACUUCAGUGGAGAAGAGAAAGAAGAUUGUGGAGCUGGCGGUCAAGCACAACUUCAAAAUUGUUGCGGACGAGGUGUACCAACUGCUCUGCUUCGAGGGCGUCGACGUGCCGCCGCCCUUCGCGGCGUUCGACCACAAAGAGGAGCACUGCGUCAUCUCCAUCGGGUCCUUCAGCAAAAUCCUCGCUCCGGCUCUCCGCCUCGGAUGGCUUCAGGCUCACCCGUCGCUGUUGAAGCGUCUCCUUAUGUGCGGUCUCAUCGAGUCUGGAGGUUGCCUCAACCCCAUCAUCUGCGGUGUCGUCCAGAAGGCCAUUGACCUGGGUAUUCUCCAGGACAACGUCGUCGCCACCCGCCGCGCUCUCUUUAAGAGAUGCGACAGACUCAAGGCAUCGCUUUCCAAAUACAUGCCGACGGAAGCGACGUUCGAGGAGCCUAUUGGCGGCUAUUUCCUGAUUGUCAAGCUCCCGCCGGGAAUCAUGUCGUUGGAUUUGCUGGAAGAAGCAAACAAGAACCACAAGGUCUCUUUCCUUCCUGGGACAACGUUCGGAAAGGGAUUCGAUGACUACAUUCGCCUUUCGUUCUCGUACUACAGCGAGGACGACAUUGAGACCGGCGUGCAGCGUAUCGCUGAGGCUGUGAAAGUGUUGAUGAAGAAGCAGAAUGGAUCAGCAUAA